UUGGCAACACCUCGCAUCAAAAAACUACGACGAGUCUAUGGAUUUGAUGAAGUCGCAAUCGUUCCGGGAGAGGUUACCAUCAAUCCCGAGUUGGUGAGUACGGACUUCCCGAUUGACGGCAUUACACUGAAAAUGCCGGUGCUUGCUUCCGCAAUGGACGCGGUUGGAUCGCCCAAAUUCGUGGGGAAAAUGAACGAAUUGGGAGGACUCGGGGUAAUGAACCUCGAAGGUGUGCAGGCGCGGUAUGAUGACCCGGAUGAGAUUCUAAACCUGAUUGUCACCACGCCGCAGGACGAGGUUACGAGCCUGCUGCAAAAGCUCUACACGGCACCCCAUACGACCUGA